AGGCCCUUCGCGGAACCUGCGCGUCCAGCGCGCCGCGCAGGCGCAGUAUAGUGUUCGUUGAGGCCGAGAGACGGCGGCACCAGCGGCAGCAGCUUGGGUCCUUCUUCUUGUUGCACUCAGGCGCCAUGAAGCAACAACCGGUCGCCUCAUCGGCCUCGACGACAGCAGCUAGCACGGCGGUCCCGGCCUUCCUGAGUAAACUGUGGGCGCUGGUGGGCGACGCUCCGAGCAACCAGCUCAUCACCUGGAGCCAGAAUGGCCAGAGUUUCCUUGUGUUGGAUGAACAAAGAUUUGCCAAAGAGAUUCUUCCAAAGUACUUCAAGCACAACAACAUGGCAAGCUUUGUGAGACAACUAAAUAUGUAUGGCUUUCGUAAAGUAGUUCAUGUUGACUCGGGUAUUGUUAAACUGGAAAGGGAUGGUCCUGUUGAGUUUCAACAUCCCUACUUCAAGCAAGGACGGGAAGACUUACUGGAGCACAUUAAAAGAAAGGUUUCUUCUUCAAGGCCUGAAGAAAAUAAAAUUCGUCAGGAGGACUUGUCUAAAAUCAUAAGUAGUGCACAGAAGGUUCAAAUUAAACAAGAGACCAUUGAAUGUAGGCUCUCUGCUUUGAAGAGAGAGAAUGAAUCUCUUUGGAGGGAAGUAUCAGAACUGAGAGCAAAACAUCUGCAACAACAACAAGUUAUUCGAAAGAUUGUACAGUUCAUUGUUACCCUUGUUCAAAAUAACCAGCUUGUGAGUCUCAAACGCAAACGUCCAUUACUUCUGAAUACAAAUGGAACUGCCAAGGCCAAUGUAUUCCAGCAGAUAAUCAAAGAACCGACAGAAAAUAAACACCAUCUUGUAAAUGGGCAAGUACCACACAACAGAACCGAUGGCUUAAAUCAGAGGGAACAGUUGUCUGAUGAUAUCAUUAUUUAUGAUAUCACAGAUGAUGAUAUCAGUGAUGAUGAAAACGCUCCAGUUACUCCAGAAACCAGUGAGGACACUGCUUCAGAUUCCAACUACAGUCCUGACAUUGUAAUAGUAGAAGAUGACAAUGAGGAUGACUAUGUGCCUGUAAUUCAAGAAAAUGCAAAUGCUGAACCAGUCAAUGUUACAUCGCCUGAUUCUGUCAGUCCUUCCAUAGAUGGUACAAGCCCAUUAAUGUCCAGUGCAGUUCAGUUAAACAGUCAAUCAACUUUAACAGCAGAAGAUCCAGUUUCAAUGAUGGACUCUAUACUCAGUGAGACUGGAGUGAUUUCACAGAAUAUCAAUCUUCUUGGAAAGGUGGAACUCCUUGAUUACCUUGAGAGCAUUGAUUGCAGUUUAGAAGAUUUCCAGGCUAUGCUUUCAGGACGGCAGUUCAGCAUAGAUCCAGAUCUUCUGAUUGAUCUUUUUUCAAGUUCCGUGCAGAUGAGUCCUACAGGACAUAUCAAUAGCACAAAAGUAGAAACAAAGGGAAUUGAGACUAUGAAGGCUAAUGGUACUCAACAAACUACACAAGAUGUGCCUAGCUGUAAGCCCAAAGCAGAUAAACAACUCAUUCAGUAUACUGCCUUCCCUCUCCUUGCACUCCUUGAUGGAAAUCCAGGCUCAGCAGUGGAAAGUGCAAAUGUGGCAACAGAACCAGGGUCAUCUCUAAAUAAACCAUUGGAAGUGGAUGAACUUCUGGAAAGCAAUCUGGAUCCGCAGCCAACCCAAAGCAAACUUGUUCGUCUAGAACCAUUGACAGAAGCAGAAGCCAGUGAAGCUACAUUAUUUUAUUUGUGUGAACUUGCUCCAGUGCCCAUGGACACAGAUAUGCCGUUGUUAAACAACUAAUGAGAGUUACAACAAACUAUUUAUUUAGGCUGUUUGGGAUCGAUCUUUUGUAAAUGGCAUUUUGUGAGAGCAACUAAUGUGGAAUCUAAAAACAGUUCACUUUUCCCCACCAAGUCAGUGGUUUAAACGUUUACCCAAACCAUCAACAGUAUAUUCACACUAGUUCGUUACAUUCUAGUGCUAUCAUAAUUGGAAUUAUAUGUAUUCACAAUAUAGCAGGUAAUGGGGAUGCACUGUAUUAACCACUUACGGUUUUUCUUGUUCACUUUUGGUCCUAUGUAUGACUGAUACAAGUAAUUCUGGAUGGAGGUCAUAGCACUCCAAAGUUUUAUCUUCUGUACUUUGUUUUCUAUUUUUACAACUUUGUUUAAAUAAAACUGUUAAGGGACCAGAA